AUGUCUCGGGAUCUCACUAACCUGCUCAUCGCCCAAGGCGAGGCGAUUGCUACGCUCAAGCGAUCGCUGAUCAACUUCAAGAAACUUCCAAAGGCUCAGGUCACUCUCCUUAAGACGAAGGGGAGACUGACGAAUUUGGAGGGGCUCUGGAAGGAAGUUCAAGCCCUCCACGUCCAGAUUCUACAAACGGCUACAGCGGAGGAGAAGUCGACCCCCUACUUUCAACAAGAGGAAUUUCUCGCCGCAGAGGAAGCCUACUUCGACGCGGCAGACCACCUCCACGAGGUCAUCGGUAAAUUAGGUAACGACGCUCCGAGCGCGUCGGAUCGAGGUAACGAGUCAUCUUAUCGUGACGCGCCCUUCGGAAUGUCAAUGCAUUUGCUUCGUAUCUCGCUUCCGAACUUUUCGGGUGCUUUCCCAGAAUGGGAAUAUUUUCGCGAAAUUUUCGAGUUCCUCGUAGACAAGAAUGAAUCCCUCACGAAAACUCAAAAGUUGCAUUACUUGAAAGCGAGCCUAUCCGGCGAGGCUUCGUUGCUGAUUAACAAUCUUAAAGUUUCUGACGCGAACUACGAGGCAGCGUGGCAAGUUCUCGUUGACGAGUACGACAACCGUGCCGCGAUUAUUCCCGCGUUAUUCACGCGUUCGCUGACUUGCCGCAUAUGA